UCCGGUCGGCUCCCGCCCCGCUCCGCCAUCAUGAAGUCCUGAACAAAAAGCGAAUGAGACAGGAAAAGAAAAACAGGGAUGGACCCGUCGAUGACAGAAAGAGGCAAACCGAGCGCACGACACCGACGGCAUGACAAAAAAAUGAUGAAAACACGCGCGGCGGAGGCGGAAUUUCGGACUGUGAUUUAAAAGUGUUCGUUGUGCUUGACAGUCAGCUGAUCCGAGUCCGUUAACGGUUAACGGCAGUAUUAUUCAUUCGUAUCAUCUACAUACUCUCGGAACAAAUACGUUAGAAAUGGAUCGCUAUUCGGAUCGAUCCCUUUUGGUGAAGUAAAACGGCGGAGAAGAGGCCAGAUUUUCCUCUGCAGGCCGGGAGCUAGCUGACUCUAGCUAGCUACAGUGGAUCCCAUAAACCACGGCGCUGGCCAUGCCGUCGAGUGUGCGGGCUGGGAGUCUCAAGGACCCGGAGGUGGCGGAACUUUUUUACAAGGAGGAUCCUGAGAAACUCUUCACAGACCUGCGUGAGAUCGGCCAUGGCAGCUUCGGAGCGGUCUACUUUGCCCAUGACAUCCGCACCAAUGAGGUGGUGGCCAUCAAGAAGAUGUCUUACAGUGGCAAGCAGUCUAAUGAGAAAUGGCAGGAUAUUAUCAAAGAGGUGAAGUUCCUUCAAAAGCUGCGGCACCCCAACACGGUGGAGUAUAGAGGCUGCUACCUGCGCGAACACACAGCAUGGCUGGUGAUGGAGUACUGUUUGGGCUCUGCCUCAGAUCUGCUGGAGGUGCACAAGAAACCAUUACAGGAAGUGGAGAUAGCAGCAAUUACCCAUGGUGCAUUGCAGGGCUUGGUAUACCUCCACUCGCACAAUAUGAUUCACAGGGAUGUGAAAGCAGGGAACAUCUUACUGACAGAGCCUGGCCAGGUUAAACUGGGAGACUUCGGAUCGGCCUCCAUAGUUGCUCCAGCCAACUCGUUUGUGGGCACACCUUACUGGAUGGCUCCUGAGGUGAUUCUCGCCAUGGAUGAAGGACAGUAUGAUGGGAAGGUUGACGUGUGGUCACUCGGCAUCACCUGCAUAGAGCUUGCGGAGAGAAAGCCUCCCUUGUUUAACAUGAAUGCUAUGAGUGCCUUAUACCACAUCGCCCAGAACGAGAGCCCAGUCCUGCAGUCCAAUCACUGGUCGGAUUAUUUCCGCAACUUCGUAGACUCUUGUCUGCAGAAGAUCGCCCAGGACAGACCUACCUCUGAUGUGCUGCUUAAACAUCACUUUCUGUGCCGCGAGCGUCCGGUGACGGUGGUGAUGGAUCUGAUAGCGCGCACUAAAGACGCCGUGAGGGAGUUAGAUAACCUGCAGUAUCGCAAGAUGAAGAAGAUCCUCUUCCAGGAGACACACAAUGGACCUGCCACCGAGGGCACGGAGGAGGAAGAGUCUUGUGUGUUUCAGGAUGUGGAGCAGUACAUGUUGCGAACGGGCACGGUGAAUAGCAUGGAGAGCUCGCAUUCUUUGCCAUCCAUGUCUAUCAGUGCCAGCUCGCAGAGUUCAUCGGUGAACAGCCUCGCCGAUGGUUCCGAUGACAGUGGAGAGAUGGCUAUGAUGCAGGAGGGCGAACACACAGUGACCUCCAACAGCUCUGUGCUGCACAAACCACUGAAUCAUGACAACAUCUAUGACGACCCCUACCAGCCGGAGAUGGACUCCCAGCAGCAGGGCCCAUCCGGGGGCCGCAGACGCAGAGGACGGGACCACUUUGCCACCAUCCGCACGGCCUCUUUGGUGACCCGUCAGAUCCAGGAGCACGAGCAGGGCUCAGCGCUGAGAGAGCAGAUGUCUGGAUACAAGCGCAUGAGGAGGCAGCAUCAGAAGCAGCUGAUGGCGCUGGAGAACAAGCUGAAGGCUGAGAUGGACGAACAUCAGCUCAGGCUCGAUAAAGAGCUGGAGACACAGAGAAACAACUUCGGCAGCGAAGCAGACAAGCUCAGCAAGAAGCACCAGGCCAUUCUGGAGAAAGAGACUAAAGCUGCUGUUACAGAAGAGAAGAAGUUUCAGCAGCAUAUCUUGGGCCAGCAGAAGAAGGAGUUGACCGGCUUGCUGGAGUCUCAGAAACGCCACUACAGGCAGCGAAAAGAGCAACUGAAAGAGGAGCUCAAUGAGAACCAGUCAACACCAAAACGAGAGAAGCAGGAGUGGCUUGUUCAACAGAAGGAGUGUCUCCAACAAGUCCAAGCAGAGGAAGAGGCAGGGUUACUGCGCAGGCAGAGGCAAUACUAUGAGCUGCAGGGUCGCCAGUAUAAGAGGAAGAUGCUGCUGUCGCGCCACAACUUGGAGCAAGACCUGCUCAGAGAGGACCUGAACAAGAAACAGACAUUGAAGGACCUGGAAUGUGCCAUGUUGCUCCGCCAUCAUGAGUCGACUCAGGAGCUGGAGUUCAGACAGCUGGCUCAGGUGCAGCGCACACGGGCUGACUUGAUCCGCACGCAGCACCAGACCGAACUCACCAACCAGAUGGAGUACAACAAACGCCGCGAGCAAGAGCUGCGGCAAAAGCACGCUGUUGAAGUCCGCCAGCAGCCCAAGAGCCUGAGAGUGAGUGACUCUGACAUCACAGAGAAUACCACAGAAGGGGAGGGGCUUGAAGUUGACAGGGAGGGGCUUGACAUUGAAGGGAUUGAGCCACAGGUUGAAGAGAAGAGGGAUGGAGAAAAGAUAGAUGGGGAUGAGAUGCAGCCAGUCGGUGCUGUUGAAGAGACGUCUGAGCAAGAGAAGAAGGAAGUAGAUGUUCUUGAGGAAAAUGACACUGAAGAGAGGUUAACUGACCAAUGUGAUGUAAUAGACAGUGAAGGAAAAGUGGAGCAGUUGGCAGAAUCAGCUGACAAUGUCAAUGAAAGUUUAGAUAAAAUCAGAGAUGAAGAGCAGGUUGAGGACAAAAUUGAUAGUGAUCUUAGACAAGAAGAGGGUCUUCAGUGGGAUGGCGAAAGCGAGUCAGAGUCUGAGGAAGAGGAUAGAGGCGUGGCCGAUGGCUGUCCGUCAGAGCUAAUGUCCGCUACUUUUGAGCGCCGCCCUCUUGAACGGGACAUAGAUGAACUCUCGGAGUUCUACUUCCCGGAUACAUUAGAGGAGCUGGAGCCUCCACCGGUCUACAUGCCUCCCUCCCCAUCCUCCUCUUCCCAACCUUCCCUUCCCUCCCUCUUUUCUCACGCGAUCUGCCUCGUUCUUUCACUGUCCGCUGCUGUGCAGCCAUCCGUCCUUACACUUCUUUUACUUUCCAUCUUCCUGCUUUCCUUGCGUCGUUCACCUCCGCUUCCAUCACUUGCUUCAAUCCUUCUUUCUGGUGAACUUGCCUUCCUGGCGCUCUUCUUUUCCUACUUAUUCCUGCGCUCCUGCUGCUCUCUCUCAUUUUCCACUUACCUCUUGCUAACAUAUUGGGGCUCAGGACUGUUCAGUUUGGCUUUGUCUUUAAGCUUGGGACUCUAUUACGUCCCCAUAGCCUUGAUCUCUGCGUCUUUUCUCAGCUCGCCUUCCCUUUUCCUCACCCUCUACCUUAUUGUGGUCUUGGUCGUCCGUCCAGCUAGGGUUUUCCUCCAGAACACCCCACGCAAACUCAAUCGCCUAUGGAUGCGAGUUCUCUUCCGCUUGCCAAAGCCACUUUUCACUGUGUGCCAGUCUGUUCUGGGUGGCCUGACCGAGCGCAGCCUCUAUGACAUGUUCCCCAAAGCUGGACGCAAUUGGGGUGGACGGCAGUCCAGGAUCCCUGUGCCUUUAAAGAGCCUCCAUACUGCGCAGUAUCAGGCUAAAAGCAAACACUCUCUUCUGUUUGCGCGGAUCCUCCUUAUGGGGCGCAGGUUUGUCCGUAGACCUCUCGGCACUCUCACAGACCUGGCUAAUUCCAUGGUGCUGCAUAUAGCCAAACGUGUGCUGAAGGAACUGCCGCAGAAUUACCUGAAACGCCUGCAGGAAUUCGGAUUGCUCCGUAGGGAGAAAGCCAGCAAGCUGCCGGUGCUCCUGCCUCGAGUGGUGCGGGAACACAGGCGGAGGAUGAGGGAGAGGAGAGAAACCGAGAGGAGGAGACGUGUGGAGAGGGAACGCAUGUACAGGGAGGAGGGCAGGUGGGAGAGUGUGUUGAGGAGAACCGCUUCAGGGAGGAGUUUGAAAGGAAAAAUUGUGCCUUGGAGAUAGCUUGAGACGGGAGAACGGAGGUAUGUGAGCACGCACAUGCCAUGUUUCUUUCUGCUUUGAUUUAGACUUCACAAGCACUCAGUUUUGUGACAUUAAAUCACAAGAGUGACUUCAUCUUUAGGACGCAUGAAGAUAUUUUUAAGACGCCUGAUUAUUUCCUGUCCCUCCAAUGAAAAUCCAAGUGGCUAAAUUUUGAAGUUGAUUAAUGGUUCAAUCCAAGUCUGGUGGAGAUAUUAAAGCACUCACUUGAUGUCGAUCUGUUUUAUGAUAGCUUUAUUUGAAUCUUGUAAAAUUUUGUUUCCUUGAUUUUCAUUGAAGGGACAGGAUUUUAGUAUCCAACAUCUUAAAUAGUGUUUCACUCGAGCAGACUCUUAACGAGAUGGUUCAACCAAUAAUGAAAAUUUCAACUUCAUUUACUCGCACUCCAGUUGUUUUAAAGAGUUAUGAAUUUCUUUCUUUUGUUAAGCACAAAACUCAACAAAAAAAAGUAUUGUGAAUCCUAGAAACCAGCAGCCAUCGACAUCCUUAGUAGAAGCAAAAAACAAUAUGGAAGUCAAAGGCUGCUGUUUUUAUAUAUUCUUGAAAAUCUUGUUUUUUUGUGUUCAGGAGAAAGAAACUCUGGACAAAUAGACGAUGAGUGAAUGAUGACAGAAUUUUCAUUUUUGAGUGAACGAUCCCUUUAAAGCUGUUGGACAAAAUGAGGGUUAGCAAAAGAUGACAGUUUUUAUUUUGGGUGAACUACCCCUUUAAGAUUGUACUGUUUUUUUUAUUUCAGCUCACUCAUUCACAGCCGGUUGCCAGUGAAUGGAAAGCUUUAGUCGAUUAUUGUGCUUUUUGUAAAAGUUUCUGGGUUUUAUUAUCAUUAUUAUUAUUUUUACUUUGUUAUAUUCUCAAAUAGCAAGAGCUAUAAGUGUUAUGGUGAUUUUUGAAGCCAUGUCUGUGCAAUCUUAAUUGAUUUUAUAUUGUUUUAAGGGGGUCUUAAUUUCUACAAUGCAAUUAUAUUUUAUUGCGAAACCAAAGUGGAUCUUGGUAAAAAAAUAACCACCACCACCAUAGGCCUUUCAGUCAAGCCAUGCAUGUUUAAUGCAAAAUAAUUUUCUACACCUACUGUGAAUGUGGAUUAUAAUACAGUGCUUUACACUAUAGAUCUGCCCAAAAAAUGCAACACUACAAGCUUAUUCAACCAAAAGUGCAAUAGAAGUUUAAAUAUAAAGCGCCAACUGUUUUACCCACUUCAAAAACAUCCUCAUUAAAAUACUCAGUUAAUCAAGGCUCCACAUUUUCUCGAUCAGUGUUUUGAAUCAUUUCAGACUCUUCAGAACCACUAAAAGCAGCUAAAAUAUGUAUUCAGAGUCCUUUCACUGGAGGUUUAGGAGGCAAGACCUUGUAAAUGACAUUCAAAUGCUUGAAUUAUAUAGAAAAGCUAAUCUGUGUCCUUGCCAAAAUGCUCAAAUAUACAUCAUCAGACGGAUGAGCCAUCCUAAAUGCUGUUUAUUCAGAUCUGCCACUUUAGCAGUGAACUUUACUGAAUGUUGAUGUUAAUUUGAACCUGAAUCUCAUAACUUUAGACUGGAGAUGUGAGUGAUCUGUUAUUAAUUCAGUAUAUAAUAUAUACAGUUUUAUAGAGAAAAAAAAAGUUAAACAGGAUCCUGCUAUUUUCCUGUUGUAUUACUACAUAUGAGGGUGAUUAAAAUCAUAUACGUUUGUAUUUUAGGGCCUAAUUUAAUUUUACUCUGCAGUAUACACACAACUGUUUGUGGCCUGGUGAAUUUGGGUUCGUCUGUACUGUAUUUAGAAGAAUGUGUUAUUGCACUAGAGGCAAUGGUCUGAUCAUAUUUACCAUGUAAACAAGUGUUUCGGUCAUAUCCUUAUGAAGUGAGGCUUAGCCUGUUUAGAUGAAGCAGUUAUUCGAAACUUUUGGUGCCGUUUAACGAUUAAUCACAACUAAUCGCAUACAAAAUACAAGUUUGCGUUUAUGUAACUUUGUGUGUACUGUGCAUAUUUAUUAUGUAUAUAUGAAUUCACACAAAUAUCUGUAUAUAUGUAUAGUUAUAGAAAUAGUUUGUAAUGUAUUUUUUCACAGUUACAUUUAAAUAUUAUUAUACACUGUAAAAAGCAAUGCGUUGACCCUACUUAAUGAAGUGGGUAAACCCAUUGCUUUUAAAACAAAUAGUUGGCUUAAUAUAGAGAGUAAACCGAUUCCUUUCAAAGUGAUUAGUUGACUUGAUAAAAUGAGUAGACCCAUUGCUUUUUAUAGCAAUUAGUUGACUUAAAGUGAGUAAGCCCAUUGAUUUUAAAGCGAUUAGUUGACUCAAUUUCCUAAUGCAAGUAAACCUGUUGAUUUUAAAGUGAUUAGUUGACUUAAUAAAGUGAGUAAACCCAUUGCUUUUAAAGCGAUUAUCUGACUCAAUAAAAUGAGUAAACCCAUUACAUUAAAAGCGAUUAGUUGACUCGACUUAAUAGCGAGCAAAUCCAUCGCUUUCAAAAGCGAUUAGUUGACUCAACUUAAUAGAGUAGACCCAUUGAUUUUAAAAUGAUUAGUUUUCUCAACUAAACAAAGUAAACCCAUUGAUUUUAAAGGGAUUAGUUGACUUGACUAAAAGUGAGCAAACCCAUUGAUUUUAAAAUGAUUAGUUGACUUGACUAAAUACAGUGAGCAAACCCAUUGCUUUUAAAGCGAUUGGUUGACUUAAUAAAGUGAGUAAACUUAUUAAUUUUAAAGCGGUAAGUUUACUUAAAGUGACUACAGCCAUUGCUUUUAAAGCGAUUAGUUGACCUACUAAAUAAAGUGAGCAAUCCCAUUGUUUUUAAAGCGAUUAGUUGACUUUACUUAUUAAAGUAGGUACACCCAUUUAUUUUUAAAGCGAUUAGUUGACUUGACUUAAUAAAGUGAAUAAACCGAUUGCUUCUAAAGUUGACAAGUUGACUUUUUAAUAGUGAGUAAAUCUAUUGCUCUUUAAAGCAAUUAUUUGACUUAAUAAAGUGAGUAAACCCAUUGAUUUUUAAAGCGAUUAGUUGACUCUGCUUAAUAUAUUGAGUACAGCCAUUGCUUUUAAAGCGAUUAGUUGACUUAAUAAAGUGAGUAAAGCCCUUGAAUUUAAAGUGAAUAAUUGACUUAAUAAAGUAAGUAAACCCAUUGCUUUUAAAGCGAUUAGUUGACGUUACCUUAAAAAGUGAGUAAAAGCAUUGCUAUUGAAACAAUUAGCUGACUUUAAAAGUAAACCCAUUGCCUUAAAAUUAAGUAAAUGAACUGUGCGUAAUUAAAUCUACAUCUCCAAGUUACAAGUUUACUGACAUUUUAAGAGUAAAUAAUUGCUUUCAAUUGUUUAUAAUGUAAAUGUAAAUAAUAUAUACAUGUAUGUGUGUGUAUUUAUGUAUACAUAAUAGACACAGUACACGCGCAUGUAUCAUGUAAAUACAAACUUUCAUUUUGUACUCUGUCACGUUUAAUUGUUAAACGGCAUUAAAGAAUUUCAUAGUUAGCUCUUUUUCUUUUUUUUUUAAGUGUUAGCAUGGCACUGUUGUUUUAUAUUUAUUAGUACUGUAUUUCAGCAUAUCAUAGGCUGUAAUAAAAAGCCAUUAUGACAAUCAUCCUAAUGUAAGAAAGAAAUGCAAAUUAACAACCAAAGAUUUAACAAUGUAAGGAAUGAAGAGGUUAAUGUUGGGAUUGAUAAAUGUAGCUUGCGCCGCUCACAAAGUGCCUUUAUUUUAAAUGCUCUAAAAAAAACACACCAAAUAUUAAAGUCUUUAUAGAAAUCUUAAGGUUAUCAAAGGGACCAUUUGUGAACAAAAUGGGACUCAAGUAAUAAGGAAAUGCAAUAUAUUUAAAUUUCUUAAGCCAUAUUUGUUCACGUUAUUGGCAAAUUCACAAUUUUGAUUUACAUUUAUUUUUAUGUAUUAUUUUAUUUUUAUUUUGUUACUCGUUUACAAAUGCUGUGCUCCCUUUUUUCCUUCUUUUUUUUUUACCCAAAUCACAGAUUCUGUCUUAAUUAUUCGAGGAAUGUUUGUGUUAUUUUAUGUUGUUGUUGCACCGUCUGUUUCAAGGCCGUUGUGUGUGCAUUUCAUCCUCAUUUUGUGUUUGUGCAUGAAUGGAUGUUUAUUCAAAGAGUUCUGUUUUAUGCUUCUGAAAUAAAUUUUCUUUAAUACAA